UCGGGCAUGUAGCGAAGGCGUGUUACUUCUUUAUCGAUCGGCGCGGGCGGGACGACGUAAAACGAAUGAACACGGAUAUUUUGUACGUGACGUCGGUCAUCUCAUGUCCGUUUACAAUGGAAUAUAACCCAGUGACACUUUUUUGAAUGGCCACUGUGCCUUAUCAAACUACACAGAACUGGGUCCAUCAUUGACCGCCUGUCGCACGUUUUAGACAAGUCAAAUUUCCCGCAUCCAAAUAAAUAGACUGUGGACUUGUGGUUGUCGUGGUGGUACGGUACGGGAGCACACACACGUCCAGCGUAGCAGUACGGUCAGUAGACAAUACCGGCGAAGGCGAAAGUAACGGUUCCGAGGAGGCAAGACAUGCCAGUGUUCGGUGGUCCAACGAAGAACGGUGUCGGCAGUGGUAGGCCUGCUAGUACUACUACUAGUGGUAGACCCAAAAAGGAUCCCCACGACUUUGCUGACAACUUAAAGAUCAAAUCUUGCCCUUCUCAGAGACAAACGCAGCAUGCCCUAAAGGAUAUCAAGAUGGAAGAACCCGCAGCUAAGCGAGCCCACAUUGUAGGCAUGGAAAACGAUGUGGCCACGCCCCAGCAGCCCAGGAUGCGUCUGUGCAUCGCUACCUGUAACCGAGCAGACUACUCCAAGUUGGCACCCAUCAUGCUGGCUGCCAAGGCUGAUGAAGACAUUGACUUGUCUGUCAUUGUCCUUGGAUGUCAUCUCAUCGAUGACUAUGGAUCUACAUACCGCUACAUAGAGCAGGAUGGUAUUGAUAUUGACAGCCGUCUACAUACCAUCGUCCGUGGUGAAGACGAAGCAGCAAUGGUAGAGUCCAUCGGCCUGGCCAUGGUCAAACUCCCUGACGUCCUGCUACGUCUUGAACCUCACGUCUUAAUUGUACACGGUGACCGUUUUGAUGCCUUAUCCCUUGCUGCCUCCGCUGCCUUGAUGAACAUUCGCAUCGUGCAUGUGGAAGGUGGUGAGAUCAGCGGAACCAUUGAUGACAUGAUUCGACACUCCAUCACCAAGCUGGCACACUACCAUGUCUGCUGCACGGAGCGGGCUCACAGCCGACUCCUAGCCAUGUGCGAGGACAACAACGCCAUCUUGCUGGCCGGCUGUACCUCCUACGACAAACUCUUGAACACGGACACCACCAACUGCACGGCCGUGCUUGAGAAAUGGCUGCCCAAGGACGUACAACCACACGAUUACCUCGUUGCUCUGCAACAUCCGGUCACAACUAAUAUCAGUAAAUCCUUGAAGAUGUUUGGUCUGAUGCUUGAUGCCCUGUUGGAAUUUGGCAAGAAAGUCAUUGUACUGUUCCCCAAUAUAGAUGCAGGCAGCAAAGAAAUGACUCGCAUUAUGCGCCAGAAAGGCAUCGAGCACCACCCCAGCUUCAAGACGGCCAAGCAUAUACCCUUUGAUGAGUUUCUGAUCCUGGUGGCCAAUGCUGGCUGCAUGAUUGGGAACAGCAGUGCUGGAAUCAGGGAGGCUGGGGCCUUUGGAACCCCAGUGAUCAAUCUGGGCUCGCGACAAACCGGACGUGAAACUGGGGAAAAUGUGCUGCACUGCAGAGAGGCAGACACAACAGAGAAGAUCAAACAGGCACUGGAGAUCCAGUACCAAAAGCAGUACCCUCCUUCAUACAUCUAUGGCGACGGUCACGCCAUUCCUCGCAUCAUGAAGUUCCUCAAGUCCCUGGACAUCACAGGAGAGACGCAGAAGCAAUUUGUUUUCCCUCCAAUGCGACCGAGCCACCACCGGGACAUCGACCACAUCUUGGAGAGACAGAGCGCCCUGGCUGUGGAUCUCGGCGGCACGCAACUACGCGUUGCACUCAUCGAGAACCACGGGGAUAUACUUGUUCAGACAUCGAACCCAACCCCCAAAACUAAUGAGGAGCGCAUGUCCAAACUGUUGGAAAUGUUGAUGAAUCUGGCACAGAAGGCCAUAUCACUCAACUGUCGAGUCCUUGGAGUAGGAAUCAGCACGGGUGGACGUGUGGAUCCCAGAGGUGGAGUUGUCAAGCACUCCACUAAAGCUCUAGAAGGUUGGUCGGAGGUGGACCUGAGAACCCCUAUAUCCAGCAUGCUGCAUCUGCCAGUCUGGGUGGAUAACGACGGCAACUGUGCUGCCCUCGGUGUUCGCGCCUUUGGCUGCGGGAAAGGAGUGGAAGACUUUGUUACCAUAGCAACGGGAACUGGGAUUGGCGGAGGUAUUGUUCUCGGUGGUAGACUGAUCCACGGCACAGACUUCUGUGCAGCUGAGCUGGGCCACACCAAGGUUUCCUUGGAAGGGCCACCCUGCCAGUGUGGAGGCACUGGCUGUGUUGAGGCUUACAGCUCAGGACUAGCCCUGCAGAAAGAAGCACAGAGGCUCCAUGAAGAGGGCAACCUGUUGACUGAGGGAGGCCAUCUGGAGAAUAACGAGAAGAUAACAGCCAAGCACCUUGUGGAAGCCGCCAGGCUGGGUAACCAGAAGGCACAAGAUAUCAUGGACAGAGGUGCUAAGGCGGUGGCAUCAGUGGUUGUGAAUCUUCUUCAUAUCCUCAACCCCUCCAGGGUUGUUCUGUGUGGAGUGCUAGCCCCUGCUUACAUCGAAACGGUGCGUAACAUUGUCAAGAAGGAAGCACUGCCCUCGGCUGCUCAUGCAGAAAUCAUAGCCUCCACGCUGAAGGAACCUGCUCUGCUAGGCGCUGCUAGUCUGGUCCUGGAAUAUGCCACUAGAAGGAUCUACUAAAACUAACUAGACAGGCUUUAUAUCUGUGGGGGAAUUUUAAAAAGUCGGAUUAAGUCAGAGUUUGGCUUCAGAUGUUAUGUCACUAUAUAUAUAUAUAUAAUAAUAAAGCCAAAUUGUUUAAUGCAUCAAUUAGAUGCAUUCAAUGUGGGUUUUGCCUGUCACUGAUGUCAUUUUGUCCCAGUAAGCUUGUGAUUUUUGUCUCACAGGCCCUUGGAUAACACAGAGUGUAUAAAAUUACAUCGGUAGGGCACAACCCAAUAUUAGUGAUUCAGGUGGUCCGUUUCAGUAACAUCAAGUCAUAUCAUAUGAUGCCAAAGUGUCAAGUAUUGCAGUUAAGGAGAUCAGAUGUUUGAAGGAUUCUAAAUGGUUCUGAAGCCAGAGAUGGAGCCAAAGCCACAAACAAGCCAAAGUUUCAAAACACUCCAUGACCACCACUUAAUGAGUGGUAAAUAUCAGACACUUGGCAGUCUUUUUAAUAGGAAAAACAAUUGACAUUUGUAGCUGGUUAAUUCAUAGACAAAACGGAGGCUUCAGAUAGGGUCGUUUCUAUUUAUAUGUUGAUAAGUACGAGUGAAGGGAGGCCAGUUUUGUAUACUGGUAUGUAUCAUUUAUUUGUGUGUGCGACAAUUGGAAUGUGCAGUGUGAUAAAUUCACUAUAUAUUUUUUUGUCAGUAAAUUGCUUCGCUUACAAGCUUUUGUUGCAAACGCUGGGGGAAAAUGCGCACCAUUUGGCAGCUGCAGUUGGGCAAAACUUUAGCUUUUACCAUUAAACAAUGGAAAGACAAUCGUAUCAGAAUUAAUUAACCUUUCCUUUGGUAAUAUAGGAAGAUAGGCACCAGUCUUGACAUUUCAUGAAGGACUUUUGGAAUUACUGUUAAGUAUCGGUAGUCGUAGAGGGAUGAUUUCUUUUUAAACGAUUCCCCAAUUUAGUCUGGAAUGCAACUGUGUUACACGGGUGUAUGUUUCUCUGUCAGAGUCUGGUGUAUCGACCUUUCUAACUUUCACUGUAAUCCUGAAUUCCUGGGCCUUUUCUGAGAAGCAUUGUGAAUCCUCUUCAUAAAUCGAUAGAACAUUCUUUGUAUUUUAACUAAAUUCAUCCAGAUAGUACUUAUUAGUGCUUUAACUUGACAAUCUUAAAGCCAUCAAUAAUACUUCAAAGCCUCUUUGAAGUAUGGCCGACACAAGAAUAGCACCGAUAUAAGGCCAGUUCGGUGUCUUGAUGAAGUAGUCCAGGUCAAAGGCGAUUCAGAAUACAAUCGCUGACGUGAUGUUACGUGCAUGCCCCUUCUGCUCGUAAUUAUCAUGCGAGCGUCGUGCGACCGUCUCCCUGUGCAUGCAGGUGCCUUCGAUGAGCGUUCGAUGACCAACAUUGUGCGCAUGUGCAUUUGAAAUACCGAACUGGCUUAUUAGAGUGGGUAAACUCUUUAGUAUUUAUUCAAAUGUACCCACUUCAAUAAGCGCCCCCCUAUUGUGUCCAAAACGGCCAACGAUAUAAGUGAUAUCUAUCAACUUGAACAUGUUAUGUUACAGUCAUCAAUGCAGCUGGUAGGGACAAGGACCAAUAAAACACAUUCCAAGUGUAAGCUGACCGGAGUGACCAAUAUUUUGACCUAGAGUGGAGGACGUUUUGUACUACUGUCAAAUUAUAUACAAAAAUGUAACUACAGUAAAAUAGUGUUGUACAUUGUAACUCUUUAUGUUUGAUUUACAGCAGGCUCGUAGUGCAAACUAGUCAAUACUGUUUAAUUGGUUUUCAUGUGAUCCUCAGUGGUCUCGUAGAAACAGCAGCGCGAUAUUACCCAAAUUGCCUUAUGGAUCAUCAGGUUCAUAAUACUUUUAAUUUACCAACUUCUUGGUCCUGAUUGUGGAACAUGGGAAUGUAGUGCAUCAGUGUUCUGUAUGUGGGAUGGUACUUGACCUUUGACUUGAAGGCAUAGGCUAGACAACAUUUUAGUACAACCUUGUCCAGGGGACAAUAGCCUGACAAGUAAUGACACAACACGUUGUUUACAUGUGCUUUCCUAUGGUAGUCAGUUGGGAAUGGGAGCCACCAAGGUUCCAUAAGAAAGUGUACAUGUAAACAAAGUGUGACGUUGUUACACUUCAAGGCUAUUAAACAUACAUGUACAUAUAUAUGUAAUGGUGUCACCAGGGUUUCUCAAAGCAAGUACUUAUUGCUUUUGGCUCUAAAUUUAUAAUUUGAUCUUUACAAAUUUGCCACUACAUGUACUUUAAAAACAGUAGUAUUUAGUCUUGUUUUGAUCUAUACAGAUUUGUUUGAUUUUCGUGUUUUGAUGUACAUUGUAUAAUAUACAUUGUGUGUAUAUUUGAUGCGGUUUUAGUAGUGUUGAUCAGGUUGAAUGUGAUGCUGCGUGUGCAGGUAUUCAUGUAGAUGUCAAGCUAUCAUGGCAAAAUUUCAUGGAACGGCCAAGCAGCAAAUAUUGUCUAGCACAAAUUUCAGACAAAAAUUCAGUGUAUCACAGGCCAGUAGCGUUAUACACAACAUGGCAUUUUGACUUUGCUUAACAGUUUUUGUGUGCACAGCACAAUUCUGAGCCCAGCAGCUCGAUAAGAUUGGUCUUGGGAAGUUGUAAUCGCAAAUUCCGAUGACAAUUUCUUCAGCUCUGUACCUGAUUGCGACAAGUAGAAGUAGAUUUUGACUGGUCUCUUUUUAUCGCGAAUGAUUGUACAAAGCGGAGACCCGUUGUUAAAUUUUGAUUUAAAAUUACCAUUUCUUUGUGAAGAAAGUACUUACAUGCAGCAUGGAUUGACUUUCAUAGGCAACUAUUGUUUGUGAAAGGCGGGGCUGUCAUUUUAUUCUAUGCCAUACACAUGACAAUACAAUUUAUAUACAAUCAACUUAUAAUUAUUACAAAUAUAUAAUUACACAUGGGACCCCCCCCCCCCUCCCCCUUCCCUCAGUUGUCCAAUAAAUCAAUUCUAGCACAAAAUCACAGUACACUUGCAGGAGGCCCCUAUUAAUGGCAGGAAUAUUGUACGUUGUAUUGUUCAGAAUGUCUGUCAUGGGGCAGCUGCUUUGUACAACAGUUUACACAAUGCCUCUGCGUAUUUAAAGAAAAGUUGCAUCUUUAGAUGAGAAAUUAUACAUUUUACACAAAUAACUCCAGAAAGGAAUUAAAACCAGAGGUAGUGACUUGAGAGGCAUGUGAAAUCAAUUACAAAGUACAAUGAGAAGUAUAUGUAUCCUUACAUGAAUUUUCAAGAAUUUAACCAGAUAUUUACUGAUGUCAUUUUGGAGGUUUCUUUUUGGUCUGGAUUUUGGUGAUUUAAGAUUUUUUUAAAUACAUGUACAUCUUAAUCUUUGAUGGUUUUACAGCCUACGAACUGUUUAACCUCUUGGACUAUGUGUAUAUAUAUUCAUUCAAAAACAACUCUUUGAUUUUAAAUAGAUUAAAUAUGAUAGAAGAGUAUGCCAAAGAAGCUGUUUAUUUAUCUAGUUUAACCCAAAUGUUUGAAUGUUAUAUGUAAUAAAUAAUACAACGCCUGAAGAAAUCCC